UUGACACAUAAAAUGAAAGAAACCAGGAACAAAAUCAUAGAAUCUCCCUUAAUCACCCAUUCUGAGCUUAAUAUGCCCAUUUUCUCAGCAAGCUUUGCUAAGGAAGAAGUUUAGAGGGCUAAAGCUAAACCUAGAUACUAUCAACAGAGAUAUGAUCGGGCCGGUCUCAAACAUAAGCCAAUCUGAUAAGCCAGAAAAUACUCCUUGGAAUGAUCAUGCUAAUGAGAAUCGAUAUAAUCUGUUCAGCCACUUUCCGGAUAGUAAGAGUCAAAGCCAUGUGAAUCAAGAGGACAUGAACUACCAAGCAGCUAUCACUCAAAAUAAUAUCCCUAUUAAUCCAUCUAUUUCAAGUAUAGAGCAGAGAGGGUCUGCCAAGAAUUCUUUUUAUGAAUGAGAUGAACCCUCACUGUUUCUGAAGAAGGCUAUCCUUGAUUCAUCAGUUGCAGUUAUGGAUGAGCAAGCUAAGUAUGAACUUCCAAUUCCUUCUAGUAAGGAGAAUUCUGUUAUUUUCAACAUCAAUCAUCCGAAAAUGCGAGACCCUGUAAACGACACUCAUACAGACCAGAGCGAGAAAUGAAGGCUGGAGUAUCUAGAAAGCAAUGAGAGUUCAUUCAUGAUAAGAGGAGGUGUAGGUAUCCCUUUCAUUGGAAAACCACCUUAUUCCAAGUCAAAUAAAAUUCCUAAGGAAAGGCCAAUUGACUUAGAAUCCAAUUGCUCUCAAAGUUUAAUAAUCAAGCCUCCCAAUAGAGGGCAUGACCGAUUACAAAGCUCAAGCAUUGAGAGGUUCAACCGUAGGAGCACUAGCAGGGAUAGAGUAAAUCGGCAAAGCUCAAGCAUCGAACGAUUUAACCGCCAAAGCUCUAGUAUAGACAGGUUCCAAAGAAUUUUGUAUCCAAAAUCAAAAGAGGUUCCAAGAUCUUUUGAACAAAAUACUAAAAAGCAGAAAAACUUCCAUGCUCAAGCAAUGGGAAAACUGAAUGAACUUGUCUGCAAAAAUGAAGAAGAAAAGGAGCCUCCUUUGAAGAACUUCAACCUCCUUUCGGAAAGAUCUCGACAGAGUUCUAUUUGAAAACCUCCUGAUCUAGGCAGUGACAGUGAUGCGAAAGAACCUCGAAUUGGGCAGCCGAAUAUAGAGAUUUGGGAAAAUCCUGAAAUGAUCAAAGUGAAACAACUAGAACCUGAAAAGAGCAUAAAAUACUUUGACAUUAACAAAGAAAAAGCACCAAAGAAGAAGAGAGAGGAGAAGCUAGAAGUUGACAAAGACUCAAGAUCUGUUCAUUCUAUGCCGAUCAAUUACGUCAGUCUCGCUAAUUCAUUCGAAGAUAGAGCAAGAACCUUUAACACUAAAGAUCCUAUCCGACUGGCCAAGAUAAAGAAAUAUCUUGAAAAGAAGAAGAGGCGUAAUUUUAAUAGAGAUAUCAUUUACCCGACUCGCAAGCGAGUUGCUCUCAUGAGACCAAGAGUCAAUGGCAUGUUUCUCCCUGGAAAAGAUUUACUUCAAACAGAGCUUAAUAAGAAGAAAGCCAAGAAACCGAGAAUUAAGAAACGUCCUGGCAGAAAGAGAAAAUAUGAUACUAUUACAAAAUAUUCAGAUCUCGAAGAUGAUAUUGAGAAAGGGAAGAAAAUUUUCAAAAUAUCUAAGCACAAAUAAAUUUUCCAACAUAUUACUUCAA